UCAGCCGCUGCUGCCAAUCAUGGACAGCCGGUAACGAUACUUUUUGGUGACGCUGUGCGCGGACAAAAGGGAUCGGAAAUAUUUCGCUGGAGAUAAUAUUACAUUUGUGUUUGGAAGAUGGAUUUAUACAGAAGCAACCAGAGAGGAACUACUUGUUUUAUCGUUUUGCAAAACUCAUUGUGAGAAGCUUCAUCCAGGCCAGCAAAGGCCAAACACGACAACAUGGCGAAAAUCGGCAUCGAAAAAUCCUUUUCACCCAGACAGCGGUUGUCCAGCGACACGCCUGAUGAUGAGCUUGCCGUCAUUGAGAAUGGGGACAGCAGAGCUCACUCUCUUUGUGAAGACAACUGUGAAAGAGCGCUGACCUCAGGGUCCCACAGAGAUUCAUUCACAGGUGCUGGGGCAAUGGCCAGGCUCUCUUACUUCUUCUUCAUGCUGCGGAAUUGGGCGUCUCACAGAAUGAACCCUGAAGCAGAGAGGCAUGACUCUUUCCUUGAGCGUUUCAGAGGCCCUGAGCUCAAAGACAUCUCCAGUCGAGAGAGCAAUGCCCAGUCUGUGGGUCACAAUGAUGCACUCCGCAAGAGAAACAAAAAAGAGGACAAGAAAGACGAGAUUAAAAAAGAUGAGAAAAAAGAGGAAGAGAAAAAAGACGAGAAGAAAGACGGGGACAAGAAGGAAGAGGAGAAGAAGGAUGAGAAGAAGGAUGAGAAAAAGGACGAGAAGAAAGAUGAUAAGAAGGAUGAUAAGAAAGAUGAUAAAAAGAAAGAGGAGCCCCCGAAAGAAAUCUGGAUUAUGGAUCCAGCUACAGACCAGUAUUACAGAUGGCUGACCAUCAUUGCUGGCCCAGUGUUUUACAACCUGAUGAUGAUCGUAACAAGAGCCUGUUUUAAUGAACUCCAGGAGACAUAUACAAGACUCUGGAUAUUCUUGGAUUACACCUCAGACUUCAUCUACUACGCAGACACAUUUGUCAGAUCCAGGACAGGUUACUUGGAACAAGGCCUGCUGGUUAAAGAUGGCAAGAAACUGAGAAGUAAAUACAAAACAACAUCUCAGUUCAAGUACGAUAUGAUUUCAAUGAUACCCACUGAUCUACUGUUCCUGAAAUUCGGAUACAACAACCCGGAGUACAGAUUUAACCGUCUUUGUAAAAUGCCAAGGCUUUUUGAGUUUUUCGAGCGGACAGAAACCAGAACCAGCUUCCCGAACAUGUUUCGAAUCAGCAAUCUCGUACUUUAUAUCCUCAUUAUUAUCCAUUGGAACGCUUGCGUGUUCUUUGCCAUUUCAAAAACCAUUGGUUUUGGAUCGGACACUUGGGUGUAUCCCAAUAUCAGCCACCCAGAGCAUGGCCGCUUGGCCAGAAAGUACAUCUACUCCCUGUACUGGUCCACGCUGACCCUCACCACCAUUGGAGAGACACCUCCACCGGUUAAGGAUGUUGAAUACCUCUUUGUCAUUGCCGAUUUCCUCACUGGUGUGCUGAUCUUCGCUAGUAUCGUUGGUAAUGUCGGUGCCAUGAUCUCCAACAUGAACGCCUCUCGUGCUGAGUUCCAGGCAAAGAUCGACUCCAUAAAGCAGUACAUGCAGUUUCGAAAGGUCACCAAAGACCUGGAGGCCAGGGUCAUCAAGUGGUUCGACUACCUGUGGACGGAGAAGAAGACCUGUGAUGAGAAAGAGGUUUUAAAGAACCUACCAGAUAAGCUCAAAGCUGAGAUUGCCAUCAACGUGCAUCUGGACACACUGAAAAAAGUGCGUAUUUUCCAGGAUUGUGAAGCUGGUUUGCUGAUUGAAUUAGUGCUCAAGCUGCAGCCACAAGUAUUCAGUCCUGGAGAUUACAUCUGUAAGAAGGGGGAUAUUGGCAGGGAGAUGUACAUCAUCAAGGAGGGGAAGCUAGCUGUGGUGGCCGAUGACGGAGUCACUCAGUUUGUAGUGCUCAGUGAUGGUGCAUACUUUGGGGAAAUCAGUAUAUUGGGCAUCAAGGGCAGUAAGGCAGGCAACAGGAGAACCGCCAACAUCAGAAGUGUAGGUUACUCUGAUCUCUUUGCCCUGUCCAAAGACGACUUGAUGGAAGCGCUCACUGAGUAUCCAGAUGCAAAGAAGGCUCUAGAGGAGAAAGGGAAAGCCAUCCUGAUGAAAGACAAUCUGAUUGAUGAAGCGGUCGCUAACGCCGGUGCAGAUCCAAAAGACCUGGAAGAGAAGAUUUUCAAACUGCAGGGCAACCUGGAUGUCAUGCAGACCAAGUUUGCCCAGCUCAUGGCACAGUUCACCUCCAACCAGUCAAGGAUGAAGCAGAGGGUCACUGAGAUGGAGAACAAAGUGAAAUCCAUGAAGCCAGAGGACCUAUCUGAAGUGGUGGCCGACAAGGACAAAAAAGUGCAGUAAUAUGAGACAUACCCAAGGACUUUACAGGAAAUGAAGGGAUUUUUCAUUUAGAAUAGUAAAAUGACAAUUUUUAAAGGCCCAUGUUUAUAUCUAUUUAUACACGUCUAUCAUCAUCCUGUGUCAAACUGUGUACAGUGCAUGCAGGAAAUAUAUAUUUAUGUGUAUGCUAUGAUUGGCUUUCCCUUUGAUAUUGUCAUGAAACUGAGUAUGUUGAUCAGAAGCUCUCGUGUAUGCAAAAAAAAAGGCUUUUCAUAGCCUUAGAGUAAUGAGGAAUGAUUUUUUCCCCAGAAAAUAACUUGAUCCAUCUGUAGAGUAUAAACUACAACUCACACACAAUAUUGCAACUGAAUAUCCAUUUGAUACUGUAAAUAUAAAUGUACAAAUGAAUGUGACCUAUAAAUCUGCAAAGUUAUA